GCCCGUGCGCGCACAGGAGACCUACGAAGGCGCAAAUCAAACAAGCAUCGGAUAAUUAGCCUACCCUACAGCAGGGGCAUCAUGGUGAAGGUUGGUAGUGGUAUUGGCAUUAAGAAGGGCAUGGGAGCUCCACGAGAGGGGGGCAACGGCUAUGACAGCAUCCCCCUCAUGGGGCCACUACAGUCGGGCAGCACCCAGCACAGGCCCCCUGACCAGGUGAUCGUGACGACCAGCUCUGCUCAUCAGCAGCAGAAGAGGAAGAGGCGGAGCUUCCUGCCUGACAUGAGACGCCUCAGAGGAACCUUCCCCACCGGCCUAUCAGAGCGGGCCAAGUUCACAGGUCUGUUUGUUGCCAUGGUGUUGCUGGCUACUCUGUUGCUGCUGGUGAUGUACAAAUCUCUCUGGCUGGACCACAUGAGCUGCCCACAAGGAUUUAUAUUCAAGUCUAAGCACUGCACUCCUGAGGCGCGCCUCAUGCACUCCGGCCACCAGGGGGCGAUGGCUGCGGUGGGGCAGCAGCAGCAGCAGGCCAGCUUCUACUCGGCCCUGCAGAGCAAGAGGCCCAUGCCCGAGCUGCUGCCCUCCUCCUGGCUGCCCAUCGUCAACGCCCUCAAGGACGCACAGCUGGCCAAUGAGGAGGCGGAACACGCCCACCAGUAGCAGCCGAGCACCAAUCAGAGAGCUCGGAGUGAGGGUCACCUGCUGAGACUGUUGCACGUAUAAUGUUCCUGUCUUGAGGUUCCACACUGGAAAAUUCCCCCGAUGGAUGUUCCAAAUGGUUCCAAAUGGUUCCAAAUGGUUCCGACGGCUUUCCUGAGAAGCACAAGUGUGUCCGCAUGACUGCUGUGUGUGUCAUCAGCUUCACAUCCUCCCUUGCCGUAGUUUGUGAGGCAGACUUUAACUUCAACCUUGACUAACAUAGACACACACACACACA